CGUUGAUCUUAAGUUUGCGCUAGCUUUGAUUUUAUUUAUUUUAUAUAUUUCUGCCUAAAUAAAAUUCUUUGAUAGAUCUGAUCACUAAUCAACAUGUCCGGAAAAGUUUUCAUUGUUACUGGGGCCAACACAGGCAUUGGAUUUGAGACGACAAAGAUGUUGUGUGAAGCUGGUCACGAUGUUAUUUUAGCUUGCAGAAGCGAAGAAAAGACAGCGAAAGCCAUUGAGAAAUUAAAGAAAAAGUUACCAAAUGCUUUGGCCACUUACAUGCAUCUCGAUCUAGCAGACAUGGAGUCAGUGAGAAAAUUUGUUGAAGAUUUCCACGCUACUGGUAAAAAGUUGAAUGUCCUUAUCAACAAUGCUGGGUUGGGGCUAAACUUCAAGGACACCAAGAGACAGUAUACCAAGGAUAAUUUCGAACUGACAAUGGGAACUAACCAUUUGGGUCACUUCCUGCUGACCAACUUACUGUUAAAGGACCUGAAGAAGACAGCAAGUGGUGACGACGGUGAAGCUAGAAUCGUCGUCGUUGCAUCUUCAUUACAUGACCCAGAGACCAAUAAAAAAUUAACUGGCAACUUGCAGAGCAUGGAUUUGGAUGAUUUGUUCAUGUACAAGGAAGGAGCUUACAAUGGCAUGCAAGCAUACAAGAACUCCAAAGCUGCUAAUAUCAUGUUCGCAUAUGAAUUGAGCCGCCAGCUAGCUGGCACUAAUGUCACUGUCAAUGCUGUCUGUCCCGGCUUCAUUCCUGCUACUGAAUUUAUGAGAAACUCUGGAAAGGCUAUGAAGUUUUUCUGUCGGUACGUGCUCAGGUUCAGCAAGAUCACAAGAACUGUCCAUCAAGGAGCCAGCUCCUUAGUCUCUCUUGCUACUGAUGAGAAGUACAAAGGGGUGACAGGGAAGUAUGUUAGAGAGGAUCAGGAAUACAAAUCGUCAGAGGAGACACUGGAUGAAUCAAAGCAGCAGAAAUUAUGGCAAAUCAGUGGUGGCUACGUCAAGUUGGAAGGAUUUGAACCGCUUGAACCACCAACACCUCCUGCUCCCGAGCCUGCAAAAUCGGCUGAAACUGUAAAGUCUGUCCCAGAGGAAGCCGCCGAAGUUCCUCCUGCCGAUUCAGUUGCCACCACCCCUGCCGUCAACGGAGUAAAACAAACGGUCGAAGAAGUGAAGACAGAAGUGAAAGAGGUUGCUGGGGAUGUAGCUGAACAAGUCAAACAAGACGUCACUGCUGAAGUUACCAAAAUCCAAGAAAACGUAACGGAAAUCAAGAAAGAAGUCAGCGAGAAAAUCGAAACUGGUUUGACGGACCUGAAGACGAAGGCAGACGACAUCAUAGAGAACGUCGAGACCAGCGUCAAAGACGUUGUGGAGGGGCUGACCAGCACUGAAUCCCCUGCUAUAAUAGCUGCCCCUGUUGAAAACCCUGUAGCUGUCGAGGGCUAAUUUUCAGUUUAAUAGAUCUACAUACCGUUAUUAUUACCAUUCAUAUUAUUAUUUGAAUCCUUUUAUAUAUUUAUAUAUCUUUGUCACUAAAACGUUAGUCAUUUUGUACAUGCGCAACUAAAACUUUUAUACAUUCAAUCCAAAAUUAUGUAGAGUACAAUAAGAUUAUAUAUACAGAUAUAUCUUUAAUGGUAAAGCUAAAACAGGCACCAGCACAAAUUUCGUUUAUUUGCUACAUCCAUAACGAACAAGCACACUGAUGACCACUAGUAAACAGCAGAUAUUCGUAUUGCAUAAUGAACAAGUUAUAAAUACUAAACAUUAUCAACACACUUAUUCAUACAUACUUCUUUUACUUAUUUCACAAACAUUUACAUUUAAUUAAAUUUAUCGUUGUUCUGCUUGAUCUAUUGUCUCGUUAAUGUAUUUCAUUUAUUAUGUAUGUGUACAAGCUAUAAUUUCUAUGUAAUUAUAUAUACAUAUAUAUACUUUUUAAACUGCUUAAAACGUUUUUAAGAUAAAAACCAUAAUUGUCAUCAUUCUGAUUGAAAUAUAUAUAUAAUUAUAUAUACAUACACCAUCAACAUUUUAGUUUUUUUUUAUGGUACAUGCAUUUAAGACAAUUCGUUUGCUACAAUUCAGUUACGUAUAUCUAUCUUCUAUUUUUUACAUAUUUUGGGGCGUUUAUGUAACCAGAAUGUAACAAUACUAAUGCUAUUACUUCUACUAAAAUAAUUUAUAGUUACAAAUAAAUCUAAGAUUCAUGAUUAAAUGCCUUAAGUAGCUUAUCAUUUAAGGUGCAGUAGGUAUACAUGUGUGUAUUUGUACGUACGACAAACAUAUUUAUUUUUGUACUAAGGUAUAUACGCAAGGUUGUACAAAAGUGCGUACAUAAAGUGUUUAAAUACAAACUCGUACGAUUAUAUUCAAUAUUUUACGUUUAAAUUAUAAAUGAAUAUUCUUUUUUGCUCAUAACGAUAAAUUAUUCGUUGCUUAUUUGUUUUUCAUGACAUAAUUUUACUCAUGUUAUACUUAUUACCAUAUAUAUAUAUAUAUACACAUAUAUAUAUAUAUACAAUUUUUUUGCCAUGUUCAUCAAAUUUCUGUAAACGUUCCAACACAUCUAAUAUUUUGUUAUGAAUAGCCAUUUUGUCAGUUCUUAAGAUCGUACUAUAUUUUUGUAUUUCAUGGUGACAUAUAUCUAUGUAAUAUGACAUAUAUAUAUAUACGUACGUGCAGACCCGUUAGCUACUUGGACAGACAGAAUUGUGCAAUACACAAACACACACAUUCAGUCCAUGUAUGCAUGCUACGGCCACUGUCAAUUACGUUUCAUUACCUGUUACUUUUUAUUUUCCAUUAUUUUUACUAAAUGUUCAUAAUCUCUAUUCAUAUUUUGCUAUAACUUAUCUGAACACACUGUGCUUAUCUAAAUGAUAUAAUUUUUCUGGCGCUAAAACCACUAAAAAAAUGACAAGAACAUUGGUGAUACAAUUGUGCAAAUAAAUUGGCAGGCAGGCAUGUUGCUGAUGCCGCGCGUUUUGCAGCUCUGGUGCAUCUACUUCCAGAUAAUUUUAUGGCGGCACAAUGCUCUUUCUUCGUCUUUUUUAUUCAAAAUUGUCAAUCAAAAGUGGGAUUCAUAAUAAAUAUGUGACGUUGUUUUU